AUGGAGGGGAGCGGUCAGAACCCGGCAGCAGCGCCAGCAGCGGCCCCCGCGCCCCCGGCCCGGCCCCGCUCACCGCAGACGCGCCGCCAAGAUGGCCGGGCCGCCAGAAAGGAGCGAGCUCCCAGCAAGCACCGCGCGAAGCCCGCGGCAGCUCUCGCGAGAGCCGGGCACAGCCCGCCCCGCCGCGUGGCUGUCAAUGCGCCCGAACCACGGCGGGAUCCGGGGGGCGGGGCCCUGCCUGAUGCUGAUGGUAAGGAUGUUCAGAUGGCCACUGAACCCAGAGGACUGUGCAAACCAGAGAUUCCUUUUUGCCUCCGAGUUGCUGAGCCCCCAGGUCUGUCCCUCCGUGUCCCACGGAUGCCUCCCGCAGCUGUUCCUCCGUGCAGGAGGGCCGGCAGCGGGGCUGCGGCUCCCGUGUGUGUCCGAGCUCACUCGGGAUGCCCGUGCCACAGACAGGCAGGGCAGAUCGCCCAGCCCUGCUGCUCCUCUCCCCGGGCCCGGCCUGGGGCUCCCUUCGGAAACCGCACACCCUCAGCCACAUUCACGGACCGCCAGACAUCGCCGUGGCCUCCAAGUCCGUGUAAUGCCCCAGCCCAGAGCUGGACCCCCUUACCCGGCCCGUCUUCUCUACUCGGUGCUAUCGUGGCUCAGAGCUCGCUGGCGAGGUUUACUUGCACACCGCCAGGGUUAACCUCCGGGACACACGGACCUGCAGUCCCUUCCCGCCUGCUGCCACUCACACCCCGUGGCACCCUCACACAGCGCAGAAAUCCGCCCCGGGGCAGGGACGGCCGCGGCGGCGGUCCGGGCCGAGCGGCGGGGGAGGAUUUAAGGCUCCAUCGCCGGGGCCGCCCCGCCGUGCCCCGGCUCCGCGGGUCGGUGCUGCCCCGCGGCCGCGCCAGCCGCGCUCCGAGCCGAGCCGAGCCGAGCCGAGCCGAGCCGACCCGACCCGACCCAAGACGAGCGUCGGGAGCGGCUGCCGAGCCCGCCGGCCCCGCCAUGGGCUGCUCCAGCAGCGCUCGCAGCCGCCCGCAGGAGCCGCCGCCGCUGCCGGCAUCAUCGGGUGCAAACACCCUGACUUCAGAUGACCCUGACACCGUAGCUGACCAAACACAGCUGGACCCAGCAGAGUGUGUGAGCCUUGCCUCUGACACCAACCCAGGCAAGCAGCUGCCAGGAGAGGAGGCUUCAGCCACGAUCCUGGACGCGGAGGGGAAGACAGAGUCGGUCAGCAAAAGGGAGGAGCCAGAGGGCACCGAGCCCCUGCCGGCAGGAGACGAGGAGAGCUCUGAGCUGCCCUCUGUGUGGCGAGAGGAGAGCAGGGGGCCUUCGCCGCCAGCACCAGAAGAUGCUGGAGCACCAUCGCCAGGACCAGCAGGGGACAGUGGGCUGGUAGAGGGCAGUGACAACUCUGCAGUGGGAGUCGUCGAGGAAGUACAUACUACUGAAGAGGACCACCUCAUAGAGGGUAAUAGCUGUGCUUUCAUAAAUUCAGGAAACCAAAAUUUAUCUCCUGGGACUUCUGCGUGGGUCCCUGUGGCUUUACUAAGAGCCUCAAAUGAGCUUCUGGAAUCAGAAUUUGGUCCAGGGAGUCUGUCCAACGUGAGGCAUAGAAGAAUGUGUCUGGGGAAGCCUUGGAUUUACAGGUCCAAGCUGUAAUAAAUUUAAUCAGCAUUUCCACCUCUGCUAUUUCAUUUUCAUGUCCUUUUUGUUCUUAGCAGGUAAAAUGUCCCACCAUAGCCCUCAUUUACAGCAUUGUGUCUCUGGGUAGCUCAAACACAUUCCUUGA